UCCUCCUCCUCCAGGACACGUUCUGGUGAGAUACACACAGUGCAUGCACAGCACACAGAGACAUGGAGCAGGCCCGGGACAGCUAGACUGGGACACACGCAGACUGCUACAGGAAGAGACAGACAGAGAUGGGGCCGGGCCAGGCGUGCAGCGUGAGACAGACACACAGCACAAUACACUGAGGGACAGACUGUGUGACCCGCAGCGCCCGGAGGGAGACGGUCCGUCAGUCCCGUGUACUCACCGCAUACCCGGAAUCACAGCCUACAGCCGGACCGUGCGCGGUUCCGCUCACUCGCAGCUUUACCGCCCCGGACUGUGAGUCGCCAGGUCCCCAGGCCUCGUCGGACUCGCGGCUCAGUCGGAGCAGUUCGUCAUGUUCGCCAAAGGGAAGGGCUCAGCGGUGCCGUCAGACGGACAGGCUCGGGAGAAGCUCGCUUUAUAUGUUUAUGAGUAUUUGCUACAUGUUGGGGCCCAGAAAUCCGCACAGACAUUUUUAUCAGAGAUCCGAUGGGAGAAGAAUAUAACUCUGGGAGAACCUCCUGGCUUCUUACACUCCUGGUGGUGUGUAUUCUGGGACCUGUACUGUGCUGCCCCGGAGCGGAGAGAUACCUGUGAACAUUCAAGCGAGGCGAAAGCGUUCCAUGAUUACAGUGCAGCGGCAGCUCCAAGCCCGGUACUUGGAAACAUUCCUCCAAACGACGGGAUGCCAGGAGGACCCAUUCCCCCAGGAUUCUUCCAGCAGGGACCCCCAGGUUCUCAGCCAUCCCCUCAUUCACAGCCACCUCCACACAACCCAAACAUGAUGGGUCCUCACAGUCAGCCUUUUAUGUCACCUCGAUAUGGUGGUGGUCCCAGGCCGCACAUACGGAUGGGAAAUCAGCCUCCUGGUGGUGUCCCCGGAUCCCAGCCUUUGUUACCAAACUCCAUGGACCCAACACGACAAGGACAUCCUGGCAUGGGUGGUCCAAUGCAAAGAAUGAAUCCCCCCAGAGGAAUGGGCCCCAUGGGUCCAGGACCUCAGUCUGAUCCUUGGUUAUCAUUGCAGAACUAUGGAAGCGGAAUGAGGCCACCACCAAAUUCCCUCGGUCCAGGAAUGAACAUGGGACCUGGAGCAGGCAGACCGUGGCCAAACCCCAACAAUGCUAAUUCGAUUCCAUACUCCUCCUCUUCACCCGGCACAUACGUGGGGCCCCCUGGUGGUGGAGGUCCUCCAGGAACGCCGAUCAUGCCUAGCCCUGCAGAAUCAACAAAUUCGAGUGACAAUAUUUACACAAUGAUAAAUCCUGGACCUCCUACAGGGAACCGCUCAAAUUUCCCAAUGGGACCCGGAUCAGAUGGUCCUAUGGGAGGGAUGGGCGGAAUGGAACCUCACCAUAUGAACGGUUCAUUAGGGUCAGGAGACAUGGACGGCCUUCCUAAGAAUUCUCCAAACAACAUAAGUGGCAUAAGUAACCCCCCAGGAACGCCGAGAGACGAUGGAGAAUUGGGAGGGAACUUCCUUCAUUCCUUCCAAAAUGACAAUUAUUCUCCCAGCAUGACUAUGAGCGUGUGACCCCCCCACUCUUUCACCUUGAGACCAUACUCAACUCAGCUGCUGCUUGGAAGGUCACAGUAAUUAUGGAAGAUGACAUGUCUGCUGUUGCAGAAGUUUGUGGGACUGCCCCCCGCUUUCUGUUUCAUGCAAUAAAAGGGGAAACCAUUUAUUCUGUCAAGCAACAGAGAUGAAAACUGUCAGGACAAGGAAAUCCUUUAUACUUGUACAGAAAAACAAA